AAACGCAACGUUUGUUGUUCAGAGUCCCUUGUAAGUUCCGUUUCAUCGGUUAUACUUUUCACGGAGAUAAUUAAUUUUCAAUAUACCAUGUUCUUCAAAGUAAGCUUUAUUCAUCUAAUGAUUUCGUAUGUACUAGUGAAUGGAGACUUCUACGUACGACAUACCCAUGGCAGGCUUGACUCUAGUUCGGACUCAAGUGAGUCAGUUGACGAUCAUAAAAUGCUGAAGAAAAUUGAGGGAAUAGAAACAAAACUGACUGAAAUGAAGAAACUACUUGAAGCACAAAAUUCAUCAGCAGAAGUGUUUCUGUCCGACUGCCCAAAUGAAUGGAUCAGAUAUCAUAACUCUUGUUACUUUUUUGGGAAAAAAGAUGUCGAAUUUCGAGAAGCCGAGAUUAUCUGCGAAGGCUAUGAAGCAACUCUCGUCAAUAUUGGUAGUGAGCUCGAAUAUAGUUUCAUCAAGAGUCAACUGCAAGAAAGGAAGGCGCCAAAACACUGGAUCGGAUUGACGGAUGAGAAUGUAGAAGGCGAAUGGAGACUCUAUCCGUCAGGACCUCUUGCAAACUUUAUUAUAUGGGGAAAAGCUCAGCCUGAGCAGGGAAGACUGGCAAACUGUGUCGCAAUAUGGGAAACGUAUGAAUACAAAUAUGUGGAUGAGCCAUGUACCAACAGGAAUUUUAGACCGCUCUGCGAAAGAAUGGCACGCUUCUAAUCAAAUCUAUACCUACAGUGCAGACUUUGUACUACAGACGAACUUUAUGCAGCAGACAACAUACUGUGUCAGAUGGUCAAAUAAUAUGAUAAUACAUGUAGUACUAUUGGUGAUUUCUUACAAAGACCGAUAACUUCAAACGAACCAACACGGAUUAAUCUUUUAGAAUAAGUUAAAUUUUAUUUUUGUCAUAUUCCGUAAAUAUUCUUUUUUGUUUGAAAUCUAUUAAAACUUUUGUGUUAAUUUACAUAUUUAUGUAUUGGCCUUUUUGUACAAAUACUUCAAGGAUUUAUAUCAUUCCUUCUGUUAAUUUACUUGCACACCAUUUAUUCAAUAUAAUAACAUUAUGCAACUUUUAACCGAUCAGACUUGCUACUAAUAGAUUCCUUUCUAUAUCCACUGCAUCAUUCAGUAUACAAAUGAACAAAACGGUAAAAAAGAUGAAAAUAAUAUUUUACGUAAUGAAUAUGGAAACAGACAGUGUAACAUCGAACAAAUUACAUAUAAGAAAUAUUAGAAUAUAUGUCAGUCGUCUGCUAACAAUUAUAUAGAAAAAACAUUAUCGAAAUGAUUUUAGAAGUAAAUGUUCAUUUUUAUGCAUUUUGUUUCUACAUAUUUGUUUCUACCUAUUUGUGAUCAAAUGAACUCGAUAUGAGACUGUUACACAACUACAUGUUAAAACAAUAACUUCCAUGAAAUCUUCAUUUUUCAAGUUUCUGCUCUUUUUUGCUAAAGUCUAAAUGCCAAAUAAAAUAAUAUAUUCAAUUUAUAA